GAGGAUAGGAUGAGCAUGAGAUCAAAGAAUAGCAGGCAUCUUUAAUACCACAUGAGAGUUACAGGAGGUUGGUGAAGAAGCUGUAAAUUAUAGAAGCUUGCAUUAUAUCAUCUCAAAGUGCAUUAUACCAUCCUAAAGAAGAAAGCAGGUAAGAAAUGAGAUUUUGCAACUGGCCUGCUUACCAGCACUGCAGGAGUUUCUUCACUCACCUUUUAGACUGAUUCUCCCCUUCUUCCACACAGCUCAAAAGAAAUCAGUCGAUUUCUUUUGCUAUCACCACCCACACCCAGCUUUUUCAGAAAGCUAGCCUCCUCAGAAAAGUUGGGGAGAAAGAGGAGAGAAGUGAGCUGACUGCAGACAACUACAGGUGGGUAAGAAUCCAUUUCGGGGAACCUCCCCAUCAAAGAAACAGACACCCUCCCCAGCUCUUCUCUCCAAGGAAAGUUAGUGUCAAAUAGCCACCAUCACUGUUAUUUUCUUCUCCCAGUAUUUAAAAAGUGGUGGCAAAGUUUACAGAAGUAUUGUUUUGACCCAAGUAUAAGUCAACUCCUGUUUUUUUGGGUCAGCUUUUGACAAAUCCUUUCAACAAGAAUAUAUGGUACCAGGGAACAGCUAUGGGAGUAUUGCUUUCAUGCCAUACUCAAAAGCUAUCUGGGAACAGUGGUCUGCUCCCUGAAAACAAAAUGAUACAUCAGGUAUAAUUUUGCUUAUAUACAAUGGGAUUCUUAUAUUGCUACCAUUUCCACUUGUUUAAAAAAUGAGAUGCAAAGGUAAAGCUCAAACAAAUUGUAUUUUUGUUUGAAAUGCAAGUGUCAUGAAAUGCAAAAAAAAAAAAGUUUUACUGCUACUGUUCCUGUACCUGUUACUAUUCAUCUUGCACUUUCUCUUUUUCAGAAACGAUAUCAAAUAAAUCUAUAUUCAGCUAUAUCUUCACUAGAACUCAUAAACUGUGAAGCAAAUGACUAACCAUAGCACUGUAUCUAAAUUCCAGCUUAUGGGUUUCCAGAACCUUCCAGGAUGGCAGAUCACCCUCUUCACUAUGUUCUUCUUUAUCUACAUUCUAACUAUUACAGGCAAUGUAGUCAUCAUUGUGAUGGUCAAGCUGGAGCCAUGCCUCCAUUCUCCUAUGUACUCUUUCCUCCAAAAUCUUUCCUUCCUAGAGAUAUGGUACACAACCACUAUUGUGCCCAAGAUGCUCAUUAGCCUCCUUGUAGAAAACAAGACCAUCUCCUUCAAUGAGUGUAUGUCCCAGUUGUACUUUUUUGUUUUCUUGGGAGCAACAGAGUGUUUUUUUCUGUCUCUAAUGGCAUAUGACCGGUAUUUGGCAAUUUGUGACCCUCUGCAUUAUUCCGUAACUAUGAACACUCAGUUCUGCACUCAUUUGUCAAUCGGGUCUUGGGUGAGUGGUCUCCUCACAGGGCUUUUGCCUCCUUUGCUGAUCUCCAGGCUAAGUUUCUGUAGCUCCAAUCAAAUCAAUCACUUCUUUUGUGACAUUCCCCCUUUGCUGAAGCUCUCUUGCUCUGACACUUCAGUCACUGAGAUAAGCAUAUUUGUGCUCUCUGUAUUAGUACUUUUCACUUGUUUUAUGCUUACCCUAGCAUCUUACACAUUCAUUAUUUUGACUAUUGUGAAAAUCCCUUCUGCUUCUGGAAAGAAGAAAACAUUCUCCACUUGCGGCUCACAUUUGGUUGUGGUGGUAAUAUAUUAUGGCACCAUGAUGUCUAUGUAUAUUCGACCUAGUGCUAGUCUUUCUUCAGAGCUCAAUAAAGUUGUCUCUGUCUUUUACACUGUGGUAACGCCUCUUCUUAACCCUAUCAUCUACAGUCUGAGGAAUAACGACUUCAAGGAAGCCUUGCAGAAGUUGGUCAAAAGGAAAUGUAUCUUAUGUAGAUUUUAAACAAUUGAUUUUAGAUAAAAUUACGGGUAAUUUCACAACUUUGCUUGUUUCUUUCAUCUACUUGUGAAAUAACAUCAUUUAAGAAAGGAAGUGUGAUGAAUUAUUCUAAUUAUUAGAAUACACAUACACAUACUGUUCAUGUGUAGUUCUUGUAGAAAUAUCCUCCUUCGCCUCAUCAUUUAUUUUCGCCAAUAUUUAGAUCAAAGAUGGCUCAUAAAACCCACCAUGAUAUUCCAAUUCAAACAUCUUUAUUUUAUCUUAUUUUAUCCCACUUUUUCUUCUUUAUGGGGCUCAAGGAAGGUGACAAGGAAGUUCAAGGUCUGUAUCUAAAUAACACUGAAAAAAUGUAUAUGAUAAAAACAGAAAGAUGGAUUCUUUCUUGGUGAAUAUACUGUUAUUUGCAUUACAUCUUCUGGAAUUAUUAUUCAACUUCAGUCCCAACAUACUGGACAAUUUGUAUUGUGACAUACUCCAAGUAAUCAAACUGUCUUAAGCACUUAUAUCACUGAGCUGUUAAUGGUUUGUAAUAGUGGAGUGAUUGUUUUUUGUGUUACUUGUAUCUUACUCUGUCAUUCUGGUUCCCAUGGAAGAAAGUAGGUUAAAUGUGUGUUCAGUAUCUCUACAUUUUCUGCACUUUCUUUUUAUGUUAUGUUACUAUAUGAUUUUCCCCUCAUGACUGUUUCCUUUUUUAAACAAUCAGUACUACCAAAAAUGUGUAUGAGUUUACAUAGUUCGAAGAUAUUCUGUCAUCAAAGAAGAGUAAUGCAAUGCAGCUCAUUUUGCCUUGGAAAUACAUAUAUUUAAAAGGCAUAUGAUGAUUUUUGUGAAGUAAAAGAUAACAUCUGUCUAUAAUACUAUGUACAUGUCUGAAAAAUUCCCACAAGGGGAAAUGCUUCAGGUUAAUAAAAACUAUUUUUAUGGAUCUGUAUAGAGGGUGGUCUUGAAACUCUGAAAUUGUUUGUCUACAGAGAAACAUUUCAACUGAGACAAAGAUCUCUGUAUAUCAAACUGGGGGCCUCUAGGAAACAAAAAUUGCAGGUCAGAAAAAUAUUAUUUGAUCCUACUUUGAUUUCAAUAAUAAACUCUUUUCUUACUGCAAAACCCAUUAUCCUAUUUUCUUGCCACAAAAAGAUGGGCCAGAAAAUCCAUAUCAAACCCCAUGGUUAAUUUAUCCUGUUUAAUGAUGUGGACAAGCUUGUCUAGUUUGGGAUCUAAGAACGGGGGGAGGGGGAAUUGUCUGUACAAUCAAAUACCUCUCUAGUAUGACUCUGUCUUCUUUUUUUCAUGUCAGGAGUGACUUGAGAAAGUGCAAAUCACUUCCAGUGCAAGAUAAUUGGCUGUCUGCAAGGCUGUUGCCCAAGGGAUGCCUGUAUGUUUUUGAUGUUUUACCAUCCUUGUGGGAGCCUUCUCUCAUAUCUCCACAUCAAGCUGGAGCUGAUAGAGGUAGCUCAUCCAUGCUCUCCCCAGGUCGAAUUCGAACCAAGUCAGCACAACACAACCUUCAAGUCAGCAACACAACCUUCAAAUUAUCAGCCUGUCUGCACAAGGGUUUAACCCACUGUGCAACCGGGGGCUCCAUUCUGCCUGCUAUAUGAAAGAGAUACAACCACACAUACAUGUAUUGGUUCCAAAGCAUAACGAAAGCUAAUCUCAGGGUAGUGAAAAAGCAACUACUGCAUUUCAUCAAAUUUGAGGCACACUUUUCCUGGUUGAGGGGCUUCAAAAACAGGGUGUGCCUUAGAUUCAAUGAUGCCUUAAAUUUAAUGGUUUGGGGACUUAACAAAAACUGAGGAGGGAGAGGGGAUGCAGCCCUAGCCCCAAAAAGCUCUGUCCACCUCCACCAUUCUGUCCUCAACCUCAGCCAUAUGGCUGAACUAAGUGCCAUUUCCUAUUUCUGCUGCCUGUCCAACAGGUCCAUAGAUUUAUCUUGAAGAAAUAACUUCUGGGUUUCUUCACACUCUCCCAUCAACACACAAGAAAGACUGAACUACAAAAAAGGUUUUGUGUAGUCAGAGGAAAUUCUUAAAAAAUAUCUAAGAAAAUUGGUUCUUCUUUCAAUGGAAGCUUAAAACCAUGGAGGCAUUUUACAUUAAAUGUCUCCUUAGAUUCAGUGAAAUGUGAUAUUCGCCACAUGGAGAACUUGAAGGAUCAGUCAAAUGUGAAUCAGCUAUAUGAAGAAGGGCACAUCCAUAAAGGACUCUUCUCAGGCUCUAGUCUCAGUGUGGUCAGAGCCAUGGAGAAGAGCUCUAAACAAUUUGUUGUAGAAGCUCUGUGUACUCAAAAAGGGUGUAACUCAUUUAAUUACUGCUCCAGUGUUAAUAAAUGAUUUUGAGACCCACAAAAGUGAUUUUAAACUCCAUACAAAUUUAUGCUCUCAAAACUACUCACCAACACUGGAGCAGUAGGUAAAUCAGCAAUAUCCUUUUAAGUACACAUGGGAUUUACUACAAAGUAUUUAAAGCUGUUCUGGAGGGUGAAGAAUCUAGCAAAACUGUGACUCAUAAGGUUGGGAGCCAAAUUCCUUCUGAGAUCGUUUUCCCCCCACAUUGCCAUUUUGAGUUUUGUAUUUUUUAUUUAACUUGACAAACAGCAAAAGCCCAGCCUUUGUGUUAUCAAUAAUAUCUUGUUCACAACAUUAUAAUUACUCAAAUAAAAGUUGAACAUCAGUUGUACUCUUUAAAAUCUAUGUAUUCUCCAUUGCCUUCAAGUUGUUCUCCAAUUAUGGGGACCCAAAGGUGAACCUAUCAUGGGCUUUUCUUGGAAAAAUUUCUUGAGGAGAUGUUUAACAUUGCCUUCUUGUGAGGCCGAAAGAGUGUGAUUUGUUCAUAGUCCUCAAUUGGAUCUCCAUGGUUUCCUAUCUUUGUUGAAUCACUUGAGAAAGCAUCCAGCUCCUUAGUGCUGUCCUGUUCCUCAUCGUUCUGCCUUUGCCUCUAUCAAAGUCAGUCUCCCCAGCCUAAGGUGAGUACAACACACCCUGACUUCUACUCCCUCACCUUGUCUCCUGAAUUUUUAUCCACAGUUAUAGAUUUGUGGGUCCCAUUUUCUUAUUCAGCUGCUCCUUUGGAAUUCACAUUUGUGUGUCUGUGUGCUGUUUUUAAGUACAUUUUAAGCCAAAAAUGUUUAAUUUUUAUAUAAACUUAAAAAGGUAAGAGGGUAAAUGAAUCUGAUGCUCAUUGUUUCUUUCCAGUAUAAAAGUGUAUGCCUAUUUUUGUAGAUAACCUCGGUUAAAACAAAGUUAUUUUCCAUCCCUAUCCUGGACCACAAUAUCAUCCAAUCUUCUACUGAUCUCUCUUGUGUUUCAGUUCUCCAGUUUCCCUCCCAUGCUCAGGACUUGCAGGUUAUUAAAGCCCCAUUAUUUUUAGUUGCUUCAUUAAUGCUGACUUUUAGGUUUUUGAAAUCCAUAAAAUUUAUGAUUGUUGAGAUUCUCUGACUCCACUUUGAAGCUUGUUCUGACUUGCAUCCAUAUGGGAUUGCAGACCUUUGCUCUGAGUCUCCUUUGGGGUAGAGAUAGAGUGGGGUAAACAUGCAAUAGAUAGAUAAAUUGUCUGCAUGGAAAUAUAUAUUUAUUUCUAUGCAAUUGAUUUCAGAAAGUGUGAAAUGCAUGCAUAGUUCAACAUGCCUAUUUUAAAAAUAUGU